UAUUUUCAGAAAUGUUGACAAUGUCUGGUAGUAAAAUGAUGAAGAAUAUGUCUCGAAUAGAACAGUUAAUUAGACAGUGUUCAACUGUGGCUAAACGAAAGCAGGAUGUUUUCUAUGAUUCAGAGGUUCAAGGCUUGUUAAAGAAACUCACAGGACUCAACUACCAAAAGAUUUUUAGAACCCGAAGAAUUGGCGAAAAAAUCGAAGAAAAAGCUGUUUAUCAAUUUCUGACGGACCAAGAGCUAGAAAGAAUACAGAAGGAAACUGAAGUGAAAGCUCUAGAAAAGUUACAAAUGCCUCCAGUCAUGGAUGUUAGAAAACCAGCUGGGCGUGUGUUAGAAAAAGACCCUUUACUCAUAGGGUUCGAUAUUAGCAAAGUAGUUUUCACAGAUAUUACCUACGGAAUAUCAGAGCGGGAGCGAAUAGUUGUAGUCCGAGAUACAGAUGGUACUCUCCGUACUGCAGAGUGGGAGGAGUUGGAUAGGAUUAAUCAGACCUAUUAUCCCAGACCUGGUAGGAAGCAUACUAUACCUGCUCUGUUUGACCGGAACCACCUGGAGACUAUACUGGGACCUGAUAAAUAUGAAUAUAUACUGGAUAGAAACUGUCUACAAUUUGAACCGGAUAAUCCGGUUUAUAUCAGUACCGCAGAGCUUGUUUACAAUCAUAUCAACGAAAACAAACAUUUUAACCAACUUCACUCAACAAGGCAUUAUGGUCCUAUGGUUUUCUACCUUUGCUCUAGUCAACAGAUUGAUGAAUUCUUAAUUCACCAGAUACUGAACCAUGAUCUAGAGGGUGCUGUAAAUACUAUUAAAGUUUAUCAGAUAAUAAACCAAGAUUUUUCCUUUUCUACUGAUGGAGAUGCAAGAACAGUUAUUUCAAGAUUUUCAUCCUCUGCUGCUAAGAAAGGACAGAAGAUUGCUAUGGCCCUGGAGAGAGUAGCUUAGGACGUAUUUAACCUUGAAUUAUCUCUGAAAUCUUAAUAUUUUCCAGUUUAUUGGUUCAUCCUAGUAUCUUCCUUUUCCAGAAA